CUUUCUUUGCUAUCAUGUCUGGCCGCGGCAAAGGCGGGAAGGGCCUGGGCAAGGGCGGCGCCAAGCGCCACCGCAAAGUCCUGCGCGACAACAUCCAGGGCAUCACCAAACCCGCCAUCCGCCGCCUGGCCCGGCGCGGCGGCGUCAAGCGCAUCUCCGGCCUCAUCUACGAGGAGACCCGCGGGGUGCUGAAGGUCUUCCUGGAGAACGUGAUCCGCGACGCCGUCACCUACACGGAGCACGCCAAGCGCAAGACCGUCACCGCCAUGGACGUGGUCUACGCGCUCAAGCGCCAGGGACGCACGCUCUACGGCUUCGGCGGCUGAGUUAGCCAGAGGUUGGCACCCCGUUUUUACAUAAAGGCCCUUUUUAGGGCCACCACACGUUCAGCAAAGGAGCAAAACCGGUUUUCAGUGUUACAAGGAGGCUUUCCUUGGCCAGUGAUCUCUGCAGAAGUUUGAAGACUACGAUUGUCUGUCCCCUUCGGGGAGCUGCAGCUCUGCAGGAAAUGCCCCUGUUCAUUUCAGGAGUCCCGAGGCCUUCCCACAACCGCUGGGCUGCGUUCGGAAGUCUGAGGAGUUUGGGAACUUUGUGAUUUCGUCUGAGGCUGACUUUUCUAAAGUAGCUAUCAGAAUGAAUGACAAUGCAUUAAGGUAGACCUGGUAACCUGGUCUCCCCUUAGCAAGUAAUGCAUAACUGGAAUUCGAAUUCUCCAAGUUGUUGCAAGGUGAAAGAAUUAAAGAUGCUACCUGUGAAGUGUGUAAGAUUUGUGUUGAAUUAGACAAUUAGCUCGUGGUAUAUGCACAAUUUGAAGUGGUAAUUACAAGUACACUCUUCUUUAAUUCAGCUGGUUUAGUUUGGCUGUAAUUUGAGCACUGCUUUUUUGGAAUACCGCUUGCUUAGACUAGCAGCAUUCCAUGUUAAGCAAGCAUUCCCUUUUUCCAGGCCGGCCUAAAAACUCACCAGGCCUUGGUGGCACACGCCUUUAGUCCCAGCAGGCAGAGGCAGGAGAAGGUCUUCAGUUCAAGGUCAACCUAAUUUACUGUAAGUUCUAGGAUAACCAAGGCUACUCAGAAACCCUGACAAGAAAGAAAAGAAUGGUUGAUUUUACAGGAGCCUAAAU